AUGCGAUCCGUUUCUCCCAGAUUGUGCGGCUUAGCCCGUCAGCAGCACCCGUAUUCCCCUCGCCAUGGCUUCCCGCGCCGGGUGCAGGCCCGUAGGAUCCGAUGGCAGCGAUUUCCGUCAUCGAGAAAGGGUGGCUCCCCAGUACAAUCAAGGCCACUAUCCGAAAUGAAUCGGCUGGCCCUCUUUCACCGAGUGCUUGACAGUCACAUCGAUACUUGCUAG